CUCGUGGGGUAGACAAUGAUUGGAAGUCUCUUGUUAUCAAAAUAAUGUCGCGCGAAAUGCAAGAGCUUGAAAAAGAAUUCAAGGUAUUUGUCAUAGGCGUUGCCAACGACGUGAACAAGUUACCAGCUACGUUCCGCAAUCGAGAACUGUUUCAAAGUAAUCUUACUGUCACUGCGCCAGCAAGACGUAGCCGAGAAGAGAUAUUGCGUAUUCAUCUUUCGAAGCUAAAAUUCGGAGAUCAGACAGAAGUAAAUGACUUUGUUAAAAGAUUAUCUCAGCGUACAUCAGGCUUUGUUGGCCGCGACUUGAUGCGAUUGUGUCGUUCGGCCGCCUUGCACUCGUUAAGAAGAUGUGAGAAGCAAAAGCAGAAGCAAGAUUGUGAUAUUGCCGACCUACUUGCAAAAUUGAGCAUGUCUGAAUCCUCUAUUAGUGAUUCCCGAGAACUGGUUUGGGAGGAUUUUGAAUAUGCGUUAGGGAUUGUCAAACCGUCUGAGAAGAUUGUGUUUGAAUCUAGUAUUCCAACUAGACGAUGGGACGAAAUUGGAGGAUACGAAGCAGUAAAGCGCCGCGUCCAUCAAAUACUUGACUGGCCAUUAUCACAUCCGGAAACAUAUGAAAAACUUGGCAUCAAACCACCUGCAGGGUUAUUGUUACAUGGGCCUUCAGGUUGUGGAAAGACAGUUCUCGUUCAGGCAGCCGCGACGACAUUAUCUGCGAAUUCGAUUACCAUCAAAGGGCCGGAAUUAUUUUCAAAAUACCUGGGUGAAACUGAAGCUGCAAUUAGACGGUUAUUUGCUACGGCAAAACAAAUUGCGCCUUGUCUGAUUUUCUUUGACGAGAUAGAUUCUAUUACGAGCAAACGCGAAUGGGAUAAUGAUGGAACAAGCGGAGUGAAUGAACGCGUAUUGAGCACCUUGCUUAAUGAAAUGGAUGGAAUUCAAGAACGAAAGGACGUAUUGAUUGUCGGAUGCACUAAUCGACCAGAUCAAAUUGAUGAUGCAUUACUUCGACCUGGACGACUGGAUCAACUUCUUUACGUAGGCCUGCCCUCGUUGGAUGAUCGCGAGUCUAUUAUCCGCGUAAUUUCGAGACAUAUUCCACUAGAUGUUGACGUGGAUAUUAAAAGUUUGGCUGCUAGGACCGAUGCCUUUACAGGCGCUGAACUGGAGCUAUUAUUUCGAGAGUCGUCAAUACUUGCAUUGAGGGAAGAUAUUGGAAUACAACAAGUUUCGUAUAAACAUGUCGAACCGGUAUUACUUAGGAUGAAGAAAACAGUUAUGGAAAGGAACUCAACCGACGAGCGUACAUUGGAUUUAUCGGUCGCAAGACAAUAA